GUACGAGAAACAGAGAAGGUAGACAGGGUUAGAGCUCUCUGCUCGUCGCGCGUACGUACAGAGGCAGCUAGCGAAGAAGAGGGCGGAGCAGGCGGCGGCGGUGAUCUGAAGCCAACCCGGAGCGAGAGCUACACCUAUGCGCGCGGCACAUGGCGGCUUCCUCGCUGUGGGACGAGCUGGUGGUGGCGGCGUCGACGGGGGGGAGCAGCGGCACCGUGGUGUCCAUCUGCGUGUUCACGGCGGUGCUCUGCCUCUGCCUCGUCGCCGGCCACCUCCUCGAGGAGAACAAAUGGGUCAACGAGUCCAUCACCGCGCUUAUCAUCGGGUGCAUUGUUGGGGCUCUCAUCUUCCUGCUGAGCAAAGGCAGGAACUCGCACAUCCUGAGGUUCGACGAGCAGCUCUUCUUCAUCUACGUUCUUCCGCCAAUAAUCUUCAACGCCGGGUUUCAGGUCAAGAAGAAGCAGUUCUUCCAUAAUUUCCUCACCAUCAUGUCCUUUGGGGUAUUCGGUGUUUUCAUCUCGGUCGCAAUAGUUUCCGCAGGUUUCUACUGGCUCCUCCCAAAAGUUGGUUUUGGCAAACUUGACGCGGUGGAUUAUCUAGCACUAGGAGUCAUAUUUUCUUCGACAGAUACUGUGUGCACACUGCAGGUCAUAAGCCAAGAUGAAACACCAAGGUUGUACAGCUUGGUCUUCGGAGAAGGAGUUGUCAAUGAUGCAACAUCUGUGGUCCUAUUCAAUGCUAUAAAGAAUAUGGAUAUCACUAAGAUCAAAAGCGGGGCGGUGCUAAAAGUUAUCGGAGAUUUCCUCUAUCUUUUUGCAACUAGUACUAUCCUUGGCGCCACAAUCGGACUGUUCACUGCUUAUGUUCUCAAAGCGCUGUAUUUUGGCAGGCACUCGACUGACCGGGAGGUCGCUUUAAUGGCUCUCAUGGCUUAUUUAUCGUAUAUGUUAGCAGAGUUGUUAAGUCUGAGUGGGAUUUUGACUGUUUUCUUUUGCGGCAUCGUCAUGUCCCACUACGCAUGGCAUAAUGUAACAGAGAGCUCCCGAAUCACGACAAGGCACAUAUUUGCGACACUAUCAUUCAUCGCUGAGACCUUUAUCUUUCUUUAUGUUGGAAUGGAUGCCCUUGACAUGGAUAAAUGGAAGACAACACAGGCAAGCUUCAAGACCUCAGUUGGUAUUUUCGGUGUCAUCAUUUCACUCAUUUUGCUGGGACGGGCCGCGUUUGUUUUCCCUCUUUCGAUCCUUUCAAAUUUUAUGAGUGGGAAUUCUGAAAAAGCACCAAUCACAUUCAAGCACCAGAUCGUGAUUUGGUGGGCCGGGCUCAUGAGAGGCGCCGUUUCAAUUGCGCUAGCAUACAAUCAGUUCACAUUUUCAGGUGUAACACUGGAUCCAGUCCAUGCAACCAUCAUCACCAGUACAAUCGUCGUAGUAUUUUUCACAACCUUGGUGUUUGGCUUCUUGACAAGGCCAUUGAUAAGCGCCAUGCUCCCGCAGCAUCGGCACCGGGAGCCGGCGGGAGGCCGCAGCACGGGAAGCAACUCGCCGAAGGACGAGUUCAUCCUGCCGUUUCUCGGCGACGAAGACGCGUCGGGGAGUGGAAGUGGCUUCGUCCAAGCCAAGAGAAGCAUAUCAAUGAUGUUGGAGAGACCCAUCCACACGGUGCACAUCUACUGGAGGAAGUUCGACGACAGGUUCAUGAGACCAAUCUUCGGUGGACCACGAUCUUACUGACUGGAAUAAUUCUGUGCAAGAGAAGAGGUGGAAUAAUUGGCGCUCUUACGACUGGAGGAGUAUAAUCGAGUUCGGCGACGGUAAUUCAGUGUAACAAUAUCUCUGAAUUUUGUGUCUUUGGUUUGUAACAUGAACAGUGUUACUACCUUACUAGCAGUGUAUAGUUUGUAACAUGAACAGUGUCGAGCAAAUUCAGUUUGCUCUUAUUUAGUGUAUUUGUAGUAUUACAAAUUCUGGAAGUAUAAACGGAAGCAAACACGCUGAAACUCAACUGGAGUGCAGUGCUCCAGGAGACCAGGACCUUGUGUCGGACAAACGGCUCUCGUACAGUUGUACUCCAGGGACUCGCGGGAACGCCUGCGUGCUGGCGGCGGAGGCCUGGGCGCCUCCGGCUGUGCCCUUUGCCUCUGCAUCUGCUCUGGAGCCCUCUGCAUCCGCCUCCUCUGCACCAGUGCUGUGCUGGAGGCCUCGUCUUCUUCAUCAGUGAGCUCUCCAAGCUCUGGAUCCAUCUAGCUAGAGAGGGGCUGUUCUGAGUGGGAGAGGUUGAGGUGGUUUUUUUUUCUGUUUUUCU